ACCACACCUACAUGCUCACACGCUUUGCCAACCAAUCAACCAGGAAGUCCCCCUGUCCAGGAUAAAGAAAGAAUAAUCGUGAAGAACUUAAACAAUAUGAUGGAGUCUAACAAAUCUACAGAAUCAUCUGGAAAUGAUCAUUUUGACCCUGAAGAGGAGAAAAAAUUAGCUGCUUCCAACCAUCUCUCUGAGCUGCACUUUAUUCUUCUGGGCUGGCGGUGGCCUGGAAAAAGUCUGACUGGAAACACUAUCCUGGGGCGCGAAGAGUUUCGGCUGGAACGAGCAGCUGAAUUCUCAGUGAAGCGCGAUGCAGAACGCCACGGCCGCAAGCUGACUGUCGUGGAUACGCCAGGCUGGUUUUCAGCUCAGACCACUCCAACUGCUUAUCAACAGGAGAUGACUCGUAGCCUGAGUAUGUGCUCACCUGGGCCACAUGCUUUCCUGCUCGUUGUGCCUGUAGGCAUGUUCACAGACACGGACCGGGCAAGAAUUGAAGAGAACUUGGUCCUGUUUGGUGAGUCUGUGUGGAGGCACACCAUUGUGGUGUUUACAUGGGCCGAGGUGCUGAAGAACAUGCCAAUCGAAAGACACAUCCGGCGCCAAGGUCGUGCACUGCAGUGGGUGCUGGAGAAGUGCAAGAAGAGAUACCAUGUCGUCAACAACGACGCCUUCAGAGAGAACACGCAAGUCCUGCAGCUGAUUGAGAAGGUGGAGAAGAUGGUAGCUGAGGAGGGAGGGCACUUCAAACCCAUGACUGAGGAAGACAAAGCACAGAAUCCGGUUGCAGCUGAAGCUACUGAUGAGAAUUCGAACCCGAACGAGGUGAAAGAGAAGCAUGAGCUCGGAGCCCGGCCCAAGCAGAGCUGUUACUUCAGCUCAGUGCAGAUCGUUGAUGGGGGGAGUCCACACAAUUUGAUGGAAGGAGUGUCUGAUUGACGGACAGGGACCAGAGUGAAUUUGUGCUGCUUCAUUACAUUCUUUGAUCUGAUGUCAUUUGGUGAAUAUUUCCAGCUACAGGAAAUGACUAUUUAUUA